UGAUGAGCGCGGUUAAGCGAAGUUUUGCAGGUGUCUCGUUAGCCUCGUUAGUGGAUAGUAUGGUAUCCCGAACAUUCCGCCUUGCUUUGAUCCAGCUUGCUGUUGGUGAAGAUAAAGCAGAAAAUGUAAAGCGAGCUUUAAGCUUCAUCAAGAAGGCUAAGGAAAAUGGAUCAUACUUGAUUGCUUUACCAGAGUGUUUUAAUUCACCAUAUGGAACAAAAUUUUUCCCAAAGUAUGCAGAGCUAAUCCCAUCAGGACAAACAAGUAGUUCUCUGUCUCAGGCAGCUAAGGAGCACCAAAUAUACCUUGUUGCUGGCUCAAUCCCUGAAAAAGAUGGUGAUAAGUUGUAUAACACCUGUACAGUCUGGAAUCCAUCUGGGGAGCUUGUCACCAAACAUCAGAAAGUUCAUUUAUUUGAUAUUGACAUCCCAGGUGGGAUAUGUUUCAAGGAGUCUGAGACUUUGACUGCUGGGAAAAGAUUGACAGUCUUUAAUACUGAUAUUUGUAAAAUUGGUAUUGGAAUCUGUUAUGAUAUGAGAUUUGGUGAGAUGGCUCAAAUUUAUAGAAAGGAAGAGUGUGAUCUCCUGUUAUAUCCGGGAGCAUUCAACAUGACAACAGGUCCAUUGCAUUGGGAGUUGCUACAGCGAGCAAGAGCAGUAGAGAACCAGGUAUUCGUUGCAACCAUUGCUCCUGCUCAAGAUAAGAAUGCAGAUUAUGUAUCUUGGGGGCAUUCACAGGUGGUGGAUCCUUGGGGAAAAGUGAUUGCCAAGACAGAAUUUGAUGAGGGGAUAGUAUAUGCUGAUAUCGACUUGAAAGUAGUGGAUGAAGUGAGGCAGCAGAUUCCAGUGUUCAGACAGAGAAGAACUGACUUGUAUGACACAGUACUAAAGGACUAAGGGUGCUCUUAUACUGUGCCCUCAAAGUUAACUCUUGUGCCAAUCUUGCCUUGUUUAAUGGACCAGCAUUGUACACUUCAGUGUUAUUCCCAUCUGGAUGGCUGUAAAGCUUGCUGUGGUCUUCCAUCGAUCCAUCAGUUUCAUGCUGCUUGUUUGAGCCCAUGUUUUGAACAUCUGAUGCCCAUCACAUUUUCACAGUGUCAUAUUCUAGGAACCAUGAAACUGAAUGUUGUCGUGUAUGUAUGAAAUUGCAGUUCACUUCUGUGUAUGUACACACUUAAUUUUCAUUAUUUGGAUACAAUGUGAGAGAAUGUUAUUAAAAGGUUUACAGAUAUCAGAUUUGAGGUUAUCACUGCAGUGAAUAUUAAGGUAUAGUCUUCUGGACAGUCACAUAUGUAAUGUGGUAGGUAGGUAUCACGUAUGGAGGAACCUGCUGUCUUCCAUUGUCAGGGUAGAAAAAGUUUUAUAAGAUAUAGGCAGCAGGUUCAUGUGAAACAUUGUUACUGUGAACCAGUUUCAACAGCAUUAUAUCUCAAAAGAUUGUAAUAUUACAGUUUACAGACUUCAUGCAUGAGAGUUAUAUAUUGCAUAGGAUGUGGCACAUAAGAAAUAGUUGCAGCAGUUAAUUUAAAUUUUCAUAUGACUCUUCUUGUCGUUACUGACAGUGACAUAUGGUGAAGUGAGAUAUGCACAGGCUCUUUUUGAAAUAGUAUGGGGAAAUUAUUUCCAGUGUGGUUAGUGGUAUUUAUCAGAUCACCCAUGCUGUAUCCCAACACAUCAAACAGAGCAGUAAGCGAGGGAGUAUUGAAGCCAGUAGACAGAAUAAUUUACGUUCAUGAU